GACGCAGCAACCUAUUUUUUAUUUUUAUUUCUUUUUUAAGUUAAAAUAUAUUACGUAUAUACUUUUAGAUCUGGAUAUGGAGGAUCACAAUCGCCGCACCUUCCCCACACACCCCUUAACGCCGCCAUCGCUGCGCCUCCCGUCGACCGCCGCCGUCCACACUUCCGACUCACGCCCAGCCGUCGCUGCUCUCCACUAGCCGCCGCGUUGCCGCUGCUCUCCUCGCCGCCGGACGCAACUGCCGCACCACCUCGCCGCCGGUGUUCUAACAUUUUGAUGAUGCUCUGAUGCUUCAAAGACAACACCUUACACCUGGGCGGGUUGAGGAAUAGGAGGGCUUGCCAGUUGCACGGGAGGAAUUACAACGGCAAGACAUCGAGCUCCAAGAGCCGGUUUGUGGUGAAGGCGAAUGCUAAGGAAAUAACAUUUGACCAGAGAUCCAGGACUGCCCUUCAGGCCGGCAUUGAUAAGCUCGCCGAUGCCGUCGGCCUCACGCUUGGCCCCAGGGGGAGGAAUGUUGUGUUGGAUGAAUAUGGAACCCCAAAAGUGGUUAAUGAUGGAGUAACAAUUGCUCGUGCUACUGAACUUGCUGAUGCUAUGGAAAAUGCUGGUGCUGCCCUCAUUAGGGAGGCUGAUGCUAUGGAAAAUGCUGGUUAAUGAUGGGCCCAAUGCUGAAAGGAUUCACAAGGGAAGAAUUGAGGAGCCUGUGUACAAGACAAGAGGACGGUCAAGGAGCUACAGUCCUAAACCAAGGCUCAAGUAUAUAUGCAAUAAGGAAGGAGUGAAGACUAAUUCCACUGCUCUGACUGCUCUAGUGGAGUAUACAGAAUGUGAUAUACGAUCGUGCUUAAACACCUUGCAGUUUCUGAACAAAAAGAAGGAGACCCUCAAUGUGUUGGAGCUAAAGUCUCAAGUAGUUGGCAAGAAAGAUGCAUCAAAAAGUGCUUUUGACAUCUGGAAAGAGAUUUUCCAGAAGAGGAUAGCAAAACGUGAGAAGAAAUACAAUAAUUCCUUCCAGUGCAUGUCUAAUGAUUUUGAAUCUCUGCACUACCUAAUAUCUAAUAGGUAGGUUACA